GAGUAUAGGGUUGCCAUGAAGUGCACAGGGAGAAACUUCUCUUGCCGUGACACUUUACUUGAUGUUCACUUAAUAGGCAACACCAUCAAGACACUUUUAGGGCCAGAAACUGACUGCAAAGUUAUGAGAGCAUCAAUCUCCCGUUUAAGUUUUUCCUCAAGGGACCCUUUAUGGAACCGGAUGCCGGAUCAAAUAUCGGUGUCCGAGUUUCUGUCCGAGGCGACGGAGGACUAUAACUCACCCACGACAUCCAGCUUCACGACCCGCCUCCAGAGCUGCAGGAACAGCGUCAGUGUGCUAGAGGAGGCCUUGGAUCAGGACAGGACUUCACUGCAGAAAGUUAAGAAGUCUGUCAAAGCUAUCUACAGUUCUGGCCAAGACCAUCUUCAGAAUGAGGAGAUGUAUGCUCAGGCACUGGACAAGUUUGGCAGUAACUUCAUGAGCCAAGACAACUCUGACCUGGGAACAGCCUUUGUUAAGUUCUCCACUCUGACAAAGGAGCUCUCAUCCCUGCUCAAAAACAUGCUUCAGAACCUGAAUCAUAAUGUGAUCUUCACACUGGACUCUCUGCUGAAAGGAGACCUGAAAGGUGUUAAGGGGGAUCUGAAAAAACCAUUUGACAAAGCCUGGAAGGAUUAUGAAACAAAGUUUACAAAGAUCGAAAAGGAAAAACGAGAACAUGCCAAGCAACAUGGCAUGAUCCGAACAGAGAUUACGGGUGCUGAAAUUGCAGAGGAAAUGGAGAAGGAGAGACGCCUUUUCCAGCUUCAGAUGUGUGAGUACCUGAUCAAGGUGAACGAGAUUAAGACAAAAAAAGGUGUUGACCUUCUUCAGAACCUGAUAAAGUAUUACCAUGCACAGUGCAAUUUCUUCCAGGAUGGCUUAAAGACCGCUGAUAAGCUCAAGCAAUACAUUGAGAAGCUAGCUGCUGAUCUUUACAAUAUAAAGCAAACUCAGGAUGAGGAAAAAAAGCAGCUCACAGCAUUGAGGGAUCUCAUCAAGUCCUCCUUGCAGUUAGAGCAGAAGGAGUCUAGAAGAGACUCUCAGAGCAAGCAGGGAGGUUACAGCAUGCACCAACUGCAGGGUAACAAAGAAUUUGGCAGUGAGAAGAGAGGAUAUCUGCUAAAGAAGAGUGAUGGGCUGCGAAAAGUAUGGCAAAGAAGAAAGUGCUCGGUGAAAGGAGGAAUUCUCACUAUUUCUCAUGCCACGUCCAACAGGCAACCAGUCAAACUGAACCUACUCACAUGUCAGGUCAAGCCAUGCACUGAAGACCGCAAGUGUUUUGAUCUUAUUUCUCAUAAUCGAACAUAUCACUUUCAGGCUGAAGACGAACAAGAGUUUGUAAUCUGGAUUUCAGUGCUAACUAACAGUAAAGAAGAGGCAUUGAACAUGGCAUUCCGAGGAGAGCAGACAGCAGGAGACGAUGGCCUGGAGGACCUGACCAAAGCCAUUAUUGAAGAUGUUCUGCGCACGCCUGGCAAUGAAGUUUGUUGCGACUGUGGGGCUGCAGAUCCAAAAUGGUUGUCGACUAACCUGGGCAUUCUGACGUGUAUUGAGUGUUCAGGCAUUCACAGGGAGAUGGGAGUACACAUCUCUCGCAUUCAGUCCAUGGAACUGGACAAAUUGGGAACCUCUGAACUCUUGCUGGCCAAGAAUGUUGGGAACAGUAAUUUUAAUGACAUUAUGGAAGGAAAUCUUCCAUUUCCAUGUCCAAAGCCUACUCCAUCUAGUGAUAUGACACUUCGCAAGGAGUUUAUAAAUGCCAAAUAUGUGGAUCAUAAAUUUGCAAGGAAGAUUUGCAGCUCUGCAGUGUUGAAGCUGAGCGAUCUGAAUGAUGCAGUGAGAUCACGUGACCUUCUGGCUCUCAUUCAAGUGUAUGCUGAAGGGGUGGAACUUACAGAGCCUCUUCCUGAUGGAGGAAUGGAGGUUGGAGAGACAGCACUGCACUAUGCCGUGAGGACCGCUGACCAUUCAUCACUGCACCUGGUUGACUUUCUGGUUCAGAACAGUGGAAACUUGGAUAAACAGACUGAGAAAGGAAACACAGCCCUGCACUACUGCUGCAUCUACGAAAAACACGAAUGCCUCAAAUUACUCCUGAGAGGCAAACCUGCUACAGACAUCACCAAUCAUAAUGGAGAAACAGCACUGGAUAUUGCCAGGCAGAUGAGGAUUGAUCAGUCUGCAGAGGCAUUGAUGCAAGCUGCAGAGGGAAAGUUUAAUCCAAAGGUUCAUGUUGAGUAUGACUGGAAUCUUAGACUGGAGGAAAUGGAUGAGAGUGAUGAUGAUCUUGAUGAAAAGCCAAGCCCAAUUAAGAAGGACCGGAGACCACAGAGUUUCUGUCACUCAUCCAGCCUGUCUCCACAUGAUAAGCUCUCCCUUCCGGGUUUUCCUGGGCAGCGAGAUAAACCACGCCUUUCCUAUGGCAUGUUCACCAAUCAGGUGUACAGUAUUUCUACUGACUGUCCCUCCUCUCCUGUAGGUGAUGCACCACCUCUGCCACCUAGGAAUGCAGGAAAAGCCCUGCCAUCGUCGUCAUCCUCCCCUCUCUCCCCUGGCUUCCAGAUCCCUGCUAACAGCAGCUCCAUGCUAUCCAAGAAGAGACCCCCGCCUCCUCCUCCUGGCCACAAACGCACGCUGUCAGACCCCCCUACCCCACUCUCAUAUUCAUCUGUGUGUAAAGGAACUGACUCCACACCUCCUUCAAUCAAUAAAAUGUCACCUAUAACAAACCGAUUUGAAGGCAUACAACAACAACAAAGCACAGCAUCGAGUACCACUAAAGCUACACUUGGGCCAAGGGUCCUUCCCACACUACCUCAGAAGUUUGUCCUGCGUAAAACAGAAACAAUUCACUAUCCAUCAGUGGACAAACCCAGCCAGCCUCCAGAGCAAGUGCUGUUCCAGAAGUCUCCUCCAGGGUCAGACACACCACAGAAAGUCAAUUUAUUGGAUAAAUCCCAGCAAGGGGACCUCCAACCUAAACCUCAGAUUUCAGAAGUACCACCUAAACCUGGAGAACUUCCCCCAAAACCACAACACUUUGACCUGCCCCCCAAACCACAGUUGGGAGACCUACCACCCAAACCUCAACUCAAAGACCUCCCACCCAAACCACUCUUUUCUGACCUCUCUAAUUCCAAACAUGUAGUCACUGAAUCUGCACUCAAGCCUCCUGAAGAGGUGCCUGAGACUAAUCAACAAGCUGAACCAUUACCUCAGCUCACUCACUCCACUGAAGACACCAACGGGAGCCUGGCAUCCGGCCCAGAAACUCCCGUACCGCUUCCGAGGAAAAUCAGUACAGGGAAGAUUAAACUGCGGCGAGUGAAGACCAUCUAUGACUGUCAGGCAGAUAAUGAUGACGAGCUCACAUUUGUAGAAGGCGAGGUCAUUGUGGUAACAGGGGAGGAGGAUCCAGAGUGGUGGAUUGGACAUAUAGAAGGUCAGCCAGAGAGAAAAGGUGUUUUCCCUAUGUCCUUUGUCCAUAUCCUGUCUGACUGACACACAGCCAUCCCACCUUGCUCUUCUCUUAUAAAGAGAAACCUGUAAAUAGCUGUUGGAACCUCCACAGGACUUUUAAAACAAGAAAACGAGCACCACAAAAACUGAAACCUCUUAUUAACUUCUUCCCCAACACAGAGGUGCAGUGUGAAUGAAUAUCUAGCUUCACCAGUGUUUCCGUUCCUGUUCAGCACAGCUGAAACCUAGUAUUUAGCCAACAUCCUUCACUUCAGCUGUUUUCAAGUGCUUUUGUAUAUGAUGACUGUACAUAGUGAUGUUGGCUGCACACAAAUACAGUAUACACAGGAGUUAUUGUGUGUAAAUAUGCAAACCUGUUAGUGUGGCAAGAAAGUAAAAUGUUGUAUACCUGUAUUUUACCUGGCAGCACUCCAUACAAGGAGUGCAGUGAAUUGUAAAGUAUUAAUGCAAAUUGAUAAAUGCUGGUAUUGUAUCAAAUGGCACAAUGAUGGGAUGACCAUUGACAGUA